AUGUCAAAAGUUAAGGCAAAUUUUCAGGAAAUACACUAGCUAGUCCAAGAUAAAAAAAUGAAUCAAGUAGUUUUUAGUGAAGAGGAAGCAGUAUUGACCCUUAAUUUAACAAUUCAAAGACAUAAGAGCAUUAGAAGGUGGAGAGAGACUUUCAUACUUGAAGAAAAUAGAAAACUUAGAGCUGAGAUUGAUACUUAAAGCAAAGAAAUAUAGAAAAGAGAUAACAAUAUUAAGUUGUUAACAAAAAAGUUGGAAGUGGAGCAAAAUGAAAAAGAAUAGCUUUGGAAUAGAAUUAAAAGCCAAAAAGUAUUAAAGUAAUUUGAGCUGAAUCCGAGGAAGGAAAAUGACACUUCCAUUAUUUCUAAUCACACUUUCAUAAAAAGAUUUUAAACCAGUCAAAACAACUAAUCUUAGCCAAAUGAAGAGUAUCUUGAAACUCCAAAUGGCAAAUAGGCAUUAUCUCAUAGAUCAGGGACUUUGAUAAAUCCUAAGUCAAGUUUCCUUCAAAAAAAGACAACAAAUGUGCUAAGUCACAAGAGAUAGCCAGGACCUCAAAAUUUUACUGAUGAUCUUAAUUUAUUAAUGCGCUAACCCCCCGGAAUGAGAUAAGGUUAUGGUGUAGAUAAGAAGGAUUCAAAUGAGCUUUCUUUAUUUGAUUAUUUUGGCAAGAACUCUGUCCUUAGAUUCAAUCAUGAUUAGAUAGAGGAAGUCUUGCAGUCAGAUAGAUUGAAGUUUCUAAAGAAACUAUUUGAGAACUCUGAAUACUUUAGAGAAGAGAUGUGCAACUGUACUGAUUUUAAAAUUGAAGAUUAUUUGAUUUCCUUCAAAUCAAUGAUGAAUGAUAUUCAAAGAAUCGCUCAUUUAAUGCUUAGGUUAAAAACACUUCUACUAAAUUCGUAUGCGAUUUCAAAAAAUAUCAGUCUCUAUGAGGCACUUGAAAAAAUCAUUGAUGCUACAUGCUAAACGCUCUAAUGUGAUAGAGCAUCAGUAUUCAUGGUAGAUGAACUUACUGGAGAAUUGUGGACUAAGGUUGCUAAAGGCAGUGAUCUCACAAUCAGAAUCCCUAUGAAUAAGGGCAUAGUAGGGUUUGUUGUCACGAACAAUAUUACUGAAAACAUUGAAGAUGCAUAUAAGGACAAUAGAUUUAAUAAGGAUGUAGAUAAGAAAAAUAACUACAGAACUAAAACAAUACUCUGUGUUCCAAUAAGAGAUUAAUUCGGAAAUGUCAUUGGCGCUUGCUAAGCAAUAAAUAAACUUCAUUCGACUAGAUUUACCACUGAUGAUGAAUAUAUCUUUGAAACGCUAGCAUUAAAUGCUGGUAUUAUCCUAAGAAAUCAGAUACAAUAUGAGUAAUCAAUCGUAAUCCAACAUAAACUAAGAAAUAUUAUCAAUAUUGGAAUAAAAUUAUCUUAAAAGGCUAGUAUAAUUGAAAUUCUAAGAAUUUCAGAACAAAUGCUUGCUGAAACCUUUGGAGUUGAUAGAGCUUAUAUUUAUUUGGUUGAUAAUGAUGAUAAAAAGAUAUUUAGAUAUACUGAUACUGGGGAUACAAAAGUCUUUCCAAUAAGUGCAGGAUUAAUAGGCUUAGGAAUUCAGAGAAGAGAAUUAUUAUCCAUAAGUGAUGCUUAUAAUCAUCAAGCAUACAAUGGAUUGAUUGAUAUUGACACAAGUAUGCCUGUAUUAAUCAAGCCUAUUAUGAUGAACUAGCAAAUAUCUCAGAAUGAAAUGUAAAUAACUGGAGAAUCACCAACUAAAUAGACUGCAAGCUAGAUGAGCUUAUCCAAUGGUGGGGAUGUAUUAGCUUGCAUUUAAGUAAUCAAUAAACUGGGGGUAGUUGGAAGAUCUUCUAGAAAUAAAGCAAUGAUGGAUCCCUUAGAUGGAGAAAUGCUAGAACUUUUUGAAAAGCAAUUCAGAGCUGCUCUACUCUCUUCAAAGCCUCUAGCUUACUUUAAGGAGCAAUUGAGAUUGAAUUUAAAAACAUGA